AAAAAGUAAAUUCAUUUACUAAUUAAAUCACAACUCUUUAAUUACAAUUCACUAUUCUCAUAAGUUAUCAUGGGUAAUCCUAAUUUCUAUGCAUAUCCGAAGUCAUCCAAUAAUAAUAAUAUUAUAACUCAACAAAAAGAAAGGCAUUUCAUCAUCCAAAAAGACACACAAGCUAGCAGACAAUUUUCCAGCAGUGUCUUCUCUCUCCUCCGCUCAUCUUAUUUUUCUCUCUGUCUUCUUCACCAAAUCUUUACUCUCUCCCUCGACAAAAUUUCUUCCAUGACAAGAAUAUAUAUCACAUGGUAUUCCUGUUGCAUAGAAGACUUUCCCCAACCAGAAUAACAACCCGAAACAUCCGAAAUGUCCAAACUUCCCCAACCGUUUCCAGAAGUCCUCCUCCUCUUGUUCCUCAUCUCCAUACCCUUCAAUGCAAUUUCAGAAACCAUAGAAACAGAGCGAACUGUUCUUCUCAACCUUAAGGAGCAGUUGGGCAACCCGCCAGCCAUCCAGUCAUGGAACGCCUCUUCUUCUCCGUGUUCUUGGUCGGGAAUCAACUGCACUGAUGGUUCAGUCACCAGUGUUUCGCUCCAGGAUAUGAACAUCACUUCCGAAAUCCCACCAUCAAUCUGCAAACUCAAGAACCUCACAUUCCUUGAUUUGUCCGACAAUUUUAUCCCCGUUAUCUACUCUGGUUUACUUAGACCUCAGUGGAAACAACUUCUCGGAUAUUCCUCCGAGCAUCGGAGGAUUACGGAAAUUGAAAGAACUCCGUUUGCAAUAUAAUGAGUUCAACGGCACUUUUCCGAAGGAAAUCGGCAACCUAUCCAAUCUUGAGCUUCUAUGGAUGGCCAAUAAUGGCUUUGUGCCGAUGAAGAUACCUAAUAGGUUUACUCUAUUGAAGAAAUUGAAGAACUUAUG